CACAAAUCCAUUUUUCCCUUGAUCCUGACCUGGUUCAUUGGGAUUUUCAGGACACCGAUCCAUUUUUCCCAGGAUCCUGACCCGGUUCAUUGGGAUUUUUGGGACACAAAUCCAUUUUUCCCAGGAUCCUGACCUGGUUCAUUGGGAUUUUCUGGACACAGACCCGUUUUUCCCAGGCCCCUGUCCCGGCUGGUUGUGAUUUUGGGGAUUUGGGGAGCAGCAUGGGGCGCUGCCGGGCCCCGCUGCUGUGGGUGCUGCUGUGUCUCCAGCUGUGCCUCCAGCUGUGCCUGCAGCUGGGGCCCCGCGGCCCCGGCCCCAGGAGGGGCAGGAAGGAACCGCCCGAGCCCCGGAACGCGUCCCUGGCCAACAGCGAGGAGCAUCCCAAGCUGCCGGAGUCUCCCGAGCUGCGGAUCACGGACCCCCGGCGCACCUGGAUCUCCUUCGUGCACCGCCCCGACGACGGCAGCAAUUCCAAGAGGAGAUGCAAAGGGAAAGACAAGAAAUUGCGAGGUCUGGUGGGGCCGCCAGGACCUCCUGGGCCUCAGGGACCUCCGGGAGCCCCCGGGGCUGAAGUCACCAGGGAAGUUCUUCUGCAGGAGUUCAAGGAGAUCCUAAAAGCCAUGGAGCAGAGAGCCUCCCUGGCCGUUCCAUCCCGUGCCAGCCCGCUGCCAGCCCUGGAGCAGCUGCCGGCCCUGGAGCAGCUGCCGUGGCAGCGGCGCGUGGAGCAGGCGUUCCACUGCAAGCUCAAGGGCCACGUGGUGGUGGACAAGAAGACCUUGGUGGAACUGCAGAAUUUCCAGUCGCCCCUGGCCAAGGGCGCCUUCCUGCGGGGCUCGGGACUGAACGCGGCCACCGGGCGUUUCACCGCCCCCGUGGGCGGCAUCUACCAGUUCUCAGCCAACGUCCACAUCGACCACAGCGAGCUGAAGAGCAAAGUGCAGCUCCGAGCCAGGGACAACGUGCGGGUGCUGAUCUGCAUCGAGUCCCUGUGCCACAGAUACACGUCCUUGGAAGUCAUUGCUGGGCUGGAAAGCAACAGCAAAAUCUUCACUAUUUAUGUCCAUGGGUUGCUGCAGCUGCAGGCCGGGCAGUACACCUCCAUCUUCGUGGACAACGGCGCCGGGGCUCCCAUCACCAUCCAGAACGGAUCUGAUUUCAUGGGAAUGCUGAUGGGAGCCUAGCGGAUUUGGGGAAUUCCCAAAAUCCUGGAGUUUGGACUGAACCCCCCCCCACCCUUUGACCUUGAAAUUCCUCCCCGUACCUGCAGCGGUUUUAAAUCCUUUCCCAGCUCCUCCAGCUUUGCUUCCAGAAGCUGCUGCUGCUUCCCAAGGUCCUCACCAGAAUUCCUCGUUAUCCUUUGGGACUCCAUCCCGCUGGGAAUGUUGAGUUUGUGCUUCACCAGACGCUCACGCCGAGAUUUGGGACCUUGUUUGAUUCCUUCACCGUAGCACUUGUAACGGGCACGGGCUUUUUGUUGGGAUUGCUUGGGGGGUUUGGGAAUGAAGGAUUGAGGUGGGAAACAGCAGAAGGAAUUAUGUGACUCU